AUGGACUAUUCCUAUGAUGAGGACCUGGACGAGCUGUGUCCGGUCUGCGGGGACAAGGUCUCCGGGUACCACUACGGGCUGCUCACCUGCGAGAGCUGCAAGGGCUUCUUCAAGCGCACGGUGCAGAACAACAAGCACUACACCUGCACCGAGAGCCAGAGCUGCAAGAUCGACAAGACCCAGCGCAAGCGCUGCCCCUACUGCCGCUUCCAGAAGUGCCUCACCGUGGGGAUGCGUCUGGAAGCUGUCCGUGCAGACCGGAUGCGUGGAGGGAGGAACAAGUUUGGACCCAUGUACAAGCGGGACCGUGCCUUAAAGCAGCAGAAGAAAGCUCUGAUCCGAGCCAACGGCUUCAAGCUGGAGACCGUGCCUCAGAUCAUGUCUCCGGUGCAGAGCGACUACAGCUUGUCCUCCACCAUCCACAGCAUCCAUGCCAUGUCCAAGACCCUGCCGCCCAACCCGGCCGCCCUGACGCCUGUGGACUACGAGCGCAGCCCCUACGGGACGCCGUCCCUGGGCAUGGCCGUGCCCAGCCACGCGCCGCUGCCCAGCUACCACUACCCCUCCUUCCCCAACCGCACCAUCAAGUCCGAGUACCCCGACCACUACACAAACGCCCACGAGGCCGUGCCUGCCUACAUGUACCCAGAGACCUACCCCAGCAGCUCCCCUCCCGACAUCCCCGAGGUCAUCCUGAAGCUGCUGCAGCUGGAGCCCGACGAAGCCCAGGUGAAGGCACGGAUACUGUCCUGCCUGCAGCAGGAGCAGGGCAAAGGCCGGCACGAGAAGCUCAGCACCUUCGGCCUCAUGUGCAAGAUGGCCGACCAGACCCUCUUCUCCAUCGUGGAGUGGGCACGGAGCUGCAUCUUCUUCAAGGAGCUGGAGGUGGGUGACCAGAUGAAGCUGCUGCAGAACUGCUGGAGUGAGCUGCUGGUGUUUGAUCACAUCUACCGGCAGCUGCAGCACGGCAAGGAGCACAGUGUGCUGCUGGUCACUGGCCAGGAGGUGGACAUGUCGGCCAUCGCAGCCCAGGCCGGCUCCAUCCUGAACACGCUGGUGCUGCGGGCGCAGGAGCUCGUCCUGCACUUGCACUCGCUCCAGGUGGACCGGCACGAAUUCGUCUGCCUCAAGUUCCUCAUCCUCUUCAGCCUCGACGUGAAGUACCUGGAGAACCACUCGCUGGCCAAGGACGCUCAGGAGAAGGCCAACGCGGCGCUGCUGGAGUACACGGUGUGCCACUACCCCCACUCCACGGACAAGUUCCGCCAGCUGCUGCUCUGGCUGGCCGAGGUGCGGGCGCUGAGCCUGCAGGCCGAGGAGUACCUGUACCACAAGCACCUCAGCGGGGAGGUGCCCUGCAACAACCUCCUCAUCGAGAUGCUGCACGCCAAGCGGACUUGA